UUUUACCGGCAUUUUUGUUUUGGUUGCAUCUGUCCGGCAUGCGCAAUUUCUAAUUUUCCCGUUUUUUUUCGAAAUUUUUUCAAGAUUUUAGUGAAUUCCAAGUCUGAUUAGUGUCUUUUAAGUAAACCGUAAUAUACUCUCACGUACCUAACUUAAAAUACCGAAGAUGGCAGAUGUGACUGUAGACCAAAGCUGUAACGACCCUAAAGAACUUUAUGGACAAGGUGUUCGUGCCUACGUCCUCCAAGACUUCGAAAUGGCCGUGGCCGCCUUGAGCAAAGCAUCCGAGCUCCUAGUCGCAGAACACAAUGACGACCUGCACGAAUCUCUUGGAGACGUCUACCUCUACUACGGUAAAGCCCUGUUGGGACUAUCGAGAGACCAAAACGAAGCCCUCGGUGAUGCCGUGCCGAAGAAUUCGGCAGAUACAGACGAAGAAGACGAGGAACAAGACGAGGGCAUAGAAAGCGAAGGGGGCGAGGACAAGAAAACCGAAGAGAAUAGCGCGUCCUCCUCUGUGAACGGCGAGGCGGCAAAGGGUCCUAGCGAUGAACCGGGACCAAGUAGUAAAGAAGGCCAAGACGAAGAUGAUAAUGAUAAAGAAGAGGAGGAAGAUACUGCAAAUGGGGAUGAAGACGCCUCCGACCUCCAAUUGGCCUGGGAAGUUUUGGAGUUGGCCAAAAAGAUAUUCCAAAAAAAAGAGGAUAAGAAAAGUCUAUCGGACACCCUGAUUGUUCUCGGGGAGGUGUCGUUAGAAAGCGAAAAUUUCGAGGCCGCCAUAAACGAUAUUAAGCAAGGGUUAGAGGUGCAAAUCGAAUUGUUUGCCAAGGAUAGUAGAGCGGUGGCCGAGACGUUGUACAAGUUGGGCAUGGCAUAUUCGACCAACUCGCAGAUCGAUGAGGCCAUCGAUAGUUUUAAUAGGUCGCUGGAGUAUUUGAGGAACAGGAUCAAGACUUUAGAGGAGAUCAAAUUGCCGUCCCAAGAGCAAAAAGACGAAAUCGAGGAAGUGAAAAGCCUUAUGCCGGAAAUAGAGGACAAAAUCGCGGACAUGCGCGUUUACAAAGAGGAGGCAAUCAAGAAACUAACUGAAGCAAUAAAAGAGCCCACGAAGCCUACGUCCCAAGAUGGUGCCGGUAGUAGUGGUGCCAGCAGCUCUAAACCAGCCACAAACAUUUCACAUUUAGUAAAGAGAAAACGGAAAAUCGAAGAAACCGAGAAACCAGUUGAAGAAGCACCUGCGAAAAAACCCGCCACUGAACCCGUCGUAAAUAAAGAAUAAUACUCUAUAUUAAUAUUAUUAUAAUAAGUCUGAGUUUACUGUCUUUUCUUGUUUGUAAUAUUAGAUUCGUUUAUGUUGUAGGGUUUCGGUUUUCUACAAAAUAAAUAUUUUUUUAACAACAA